UUAGAAACAGUCCUCCAACCCCUCGCCAGAAAAGUAAAACAAAACAACAAACAGAAAGGAAAAAGAAUGAAUGAAAAAGAAACCCCCAGAGCUCCAAAGCAGCGGCAGCAGCAGAAGCUGCGGCCCACACCGCAGGGUUACUAUGUUGAGGUCAAACCCGAAACCGCGAACGGCCGUCUCGGCCGUCACCCCCAAAGAGUGGCCCCGCGGUCUCCAGGUGAACCCGCCCCUGAUCCUCCAUUAACGGACGACACGACGCCGUCAAUUAUCCCCCUGGUCAAUUGCAGUCAAAAGCCAAAGAUCCCUCUGCCCCUCUCUCGACCUCGUCCUCUUCUCCGUCCCCUCCAUCUUCUGCUCUGUUUUCUCUCUCUUUCUCGCUCUCUCCGAAGCUCGAAACCCACGGAAGCUUCCCGAGGCUUCCAUGGCGGAGAAGCGGCCGUGCUCCGACGCCCCGGCUGAGGUCGGCGGCAGGCCACCGUCGCCGACGCCGCCUCCUGUGGCCGAGGGCUGCCCACCUGCCGAUCCUGGUCCUGAUGCUACUCCCGCCGCGAAGGAAUCCGCCUCGGAGGCUGUCGAAGCGCCGAAUUCCACCGCCGGGGAGCAUCCGGCGGCAGUGGGCGCCGACGGGCGGUCGUUCUCGCAGCUGCUUGCUGGGGCCAUGUCAUCACCGGUGGGAAGUCCCCACGCGACGCCGAUCAUUGCGGUGCCUGUCGACGCCGUGCGGCUCCCGGUGGUCGCCGUGCCUUGCUUCCUGGCCCCUGCCGGGCUGCUCGAGUCGCCUGGUUUCUCGGGGCAAUUUGCUAUGACCCAUCAAGCAGUCCUGGCGACUGUGACAGCUCAAGCACAGAUGCAGCUGCAAGCAGCAUAUCCUUCUUCUUCAUCAGAAUUAGUGUCAACUUCAGUUUCCCAGCCUAUGUCAUCUACGAAUAGCCCUGUGCCAUUGCAACAGAGGCCUUCAACAGUCCCUGACCGUGUCUGUACGCCAGAGACAGAGCAACUGCCUUCUGUCCAGAAACCUCAAUCUGCUCAUAUUGUUGUAAAGACAACUACCAGUGAUGGGUACAACUGGCGGAAAUAUGGUCAGAAGCAGGUGAAAAGCAGUGAGAGUUCUCGAAGCUACUACAAAUGCACAAAUACCAAUUGUUUUGCUAAGAAGAAGGUCGAGCGUUGUCCUGAUGGUCAGAUUGUUGAAAUUAUUUACAGAGGCGAACACAACCAUGACCCUCCUCAAAAACCUAGAUGCUCAAAAGAGAGAGCUCAGUCUGGUGGAACUACUGGAGAGCAUGAAAGCUUAGAGCUUCCAAGCAGUGAACUUAAUGAAUCUGAACCUUCAACAUGUAAACCAGAACAGAUCUCUGGCAAUGAGAACCCUGCACGACAGCUAUACUGUUCAAGUGAUUGUGAAGGGGAUGCAGGGAUGAAGAAUGAAGAAGAUAUCAGUGAGGAAACAGAUCCAAAGCGCAGGCUUAUUGAAAGCACUAUGAAUUUUUCAAGACCAGUACUCAGAACGGUGAGGGAACCCAAAAUUGUUGUGCAGACUGCAUGUGACGCGGGGCAUGGAAGUGAUGGCUAUAGGUGGCGUAAGUAUGGACAGAAAAUUGUCAAGGGAAAUCCCAAUCCUAGCUACUAUAGAUGCACGCAUAAUGGAUGUCCUGUUCGUAAGCAUGUUGAGAGGGCUUCAGAUGAUGCAAAAGCUAUUGUUAUAACUUAUGAGGGUACACACAACCAUGACCGGCUGGCCCCCAAAAAUAGCAGUGAUUCACCAGCUGCUUCUCUUAUUACUGCUGCUACAGCUGAUACUGGUGAACAACUGAAUACUUCUGACAUGUUAUCAGAUCAAAAACCAUCAAAAGAAAAGCAAGCAGAUGUAGGCAGUAACUUAGAAGGUGAGAGAGCCGUAGAGCUUGGAGGUGAAAAGGCAUUGGAAUCUGCUCAAACUCUUCUAAGCAUUGGUUUGAACUCGGCAUCUGGGGAGGCCAACAGAACUAAUUCUGAGGGUGUGAAACGCCCACUUUUUAGUGAAAAUCCUGCAACAGUGCCAGUUCAAAACUCUUGAAUCAAAAAGUUUGAUUAAAUUUUGAUGUAUGUUGUUUAUUUGCUGUUGUUGUUUACUUCUGUUAUAUUUGCUUCUGUAUAGUCUGGUAGUGGCGUCCCUGAUCCAAGAUUAUAGACAUUUCCAUCAUAGUAUCAUCAGUUCAUAAAGAGCAGACUGAUUGCAGUUAUGAAGCACAGUUUCGUUGCACUGUAUAGAUUUCCAUGCCUGUACACUUGUGGUAGAAGCCGGAUCGAUAGGCAUGACCAACUUAUAAAGACAAUUUGUUAUUUAUUAAUCAUAAUAAGUGUGUCGAUGGUUCGGACUUUCAUGUUUCUUGAGGAGAAGAGCAAGUUAUGUCACCAUUUCUUUUAAUGUAUUCUCUUUUAUUAAUUAGAUCAGCAUGCUCUCUCUCUCUCUCUCUCUCAUGGAUGUCUCCUGGAUUUGCCCUUUGAAAUAAACAUGGUCGUAUGGCCGUGCACCGGUACCACAGCCAUAAGGCUCAGAACAGAAAAUUAUCUUACAUGGUGUGCACCACUUGGCUGUGAACACCAACUAUAACUGCUUGUUUCUGUAAUAGUACAUCAAGAUGAGUGCUUGCUGAAUGAAGCUUAUUGGAAUGAGCUGUUGUAAUUGACAGUA